AUGGUGUAGAUUAUCUUGUGGAGGACAUGCAUUUAUUAAGAACAUAGUCCAAAUGUAACUUUGGAAGGAGAGAAUCAAAUUAUGUUUCUAUAAUUGGCUCGCUUUUUAUUGAAACUCUUAUAAACUUCUUAAAAACACCCAGAAAAAAUUCCUGAAUAGUUUUCAUUAUUUAAAAGAAUCAAUGAAAUUCUAUCAUUCAAAUGUGACCAAUUCUAAACAUCAAACAUCUUAUCACUUUUGGAAUCUUCAGUCAUUCAUCUCAUUACCUAAACUGGCAUGAAGAUGAUGUAAGAAAUCCAGGGAGGUUUAAAUCCUAAAGCUGUUUGGGAUUAUAAACUAGGCACAUCACUAUGGGAAUCAGCCAAUUAGUUUAUAGAGUACUAUAAGUUUGUUUGUUUCCAAAACACAAUCUUAUAAGUCACUCAUAAAUAAACUUAAGUUGUAUUAACAAAUUUAUUGAAUCUAUUUGGUGUCACAAUUCUUUUACAAAAUCCAAUAGCCCUUUUGGAAAAUGAAGUUGUUACGUAACAAACAAUCAAGUAAAUGAGGGAUGAGUAUGAGAAUCUAUUAACCGUAAUCAAACCUGAAGCACUCUCAUUAGUAGAGUCUUUUUGUUUAGCAGAUGGAGGUCUUAGAACAACCAUUGGAAGAGCAGAUGGUAAACCAUAUGACUAUACAUAUGAUUGGGCUCUUAAUGAGAACUCAAUUAAUAAGAUUGAUUUUUCGAAAGCAGUUAAUCAAUUAAAGAAUUGUAGACCCAAAUUAUGA